GUGAAUGUGAUUUCUAAAGAAAUGAAACAGUUAAAACUUACAGGAUUUAUUAUUUUCUUGUUCUUUUUGACUGAAUCCCUAAAUUUGCCCACAAAGCCUCAAGAUGUAGAUGAUUUUAGUACUACCCAGAAAUUUAUAGAGGAGAAUGUUGGAUAUAUCACCAUCAUUGCAUUUGCUCAAUAUAUUCAGGAGGCAUCUUUCGAGGAAGUAGAAAUGUUGGCAAAAACCAUGAUGGAAUACAAGGAUCAAUGCUUGGCCAACAUGACACUCUCUCAGUGUUUAAAAGUACCUCACCAUGUUUUACUGGAAGCAAUAUGUGCUAUGGAGGGGCUGCCACAAAAGCAUAAUUUUUCACACUGCUGCAGUAAGGUUGACAAUGAAAGAAGGCUCUGUUUCUUCCGUCAUAAGAAAGCUGAUGUAGGAUUUCUGCCACCUCUCCCUACGCUGGAUCCUGAAGUGAAAUGUCAAGCUUAUAAAAAUAACAGUGAAUCUUUUCUAAGCAAUUAUAUCUAUGAAGUUUCCAGAAGGAACCCCUUUGUUUUCGCACCUACACUUCUAAGAGUCACUGCUCUUAUUGAGGAGAUGACUAAAACGUGUUGUGAAGAACAAGACAAAGCUAACUGCUUUCGAACAAAGGCAAUAGCUGUGAUACGAUAUUUAAAAGGAUUGUCUUCUUUUCAAAAAAAUGUCUGUGGGGCAUAUGUGAAAUUUGGACCACAAGUUUUAAAAUCUAUAUACACUGUUAUACUUAGUCAGAAAUUCCCCAGGAUUGAAUUCGAGGAACUUACUUCCCUCCUAGAAGAUGUUUCCUCCAAGUACGAUGGGUGUUGUGAAGGGGAUGCUCUGCAAUGCAUCCGCGGAAGGAGCAAAGUUAUGAGCCAUAUUUGUUCAAAACAAGAUUCCAUCUCCAGCAAAAUUAAAGGGUGUUGUGAAAAGAAAAUACCAGAACGUGGCGAGUGCAUAAUUCACUCAAAUAAAGAUGACAGACCAAAGGAUUUACCUCUAAGAGAAACAAAAUUUACUGAAAAUAAAAAUCUGUGUGAAGAACGAAAUGCUGACCAAGAUAUCUUCAUGGCUAAGUUUCUUUAUGAACGCUCAAGGAGACAUCCAGAACUGUCUACACCACAGCUCUUAAGAAUUGCUAGCGUGUACGAUGACCUUCUGAAAGAGUGUUGCAAUGCAGAAAACCCUCCAGACUGCUACAGUAAUGCGGAAAACAAAUUCAAUGAGACAACUGAGAAAAGCCUCCAGAUAGUACAACGAGAAUGUGAACUUUUCCAGAACUUGGGGAAGGAUGACCUGAAAUACCACUACCUUAUCAAAUUCACAAAGAUAGCUCCUCAGCUCUCCACUGAUGAACUGACCUUUCUUGGUGAGGAAAUGGUGACAGCUUUGACCACCUGCUGCACACUGAGUGAAGAGUUUGCCUGUGUUGAUAAUUUGGUGGAUUUAGUUGUUGGAGAGAUAUGUGGAGUAAACGAAAAUCGAAACAUCAACCCUGCUGUGGAUCACUGUUGCAAAACCAACUUUGCUUUCCGAAGGCCCUGCUUUGAGGCCUUGGAAGCUGAUAAUAUGUAUGUGCCUCCAUCCGCCUCCCAAGGUUUACUUACCAUUGACACAAACCUGUGCCAGGCUCAUAAUGAGGAGCUCCAGAGAAGGAAAGACAGGUUUCUUGUUAACUUAGUGAAGCUAAAACCUGGCCUUACAGAUGAGACGCUGCGGUCAUUGCUUACAGAUUUCACUAAUCUAGUGGACAAAUGCUGCAAAGCAGAGGGGCCUGAAGCGUGCUUUAAUAAAGAGGGUCCAGAACUGGCAGCCAAAAGCCAGGCUUCUUGAAAAACAUAAAGUAAAAACCACCAAAGGUUGUGGAGAAUAAAGAAAAAGACCAACUUACCUACUUCCAGCUGUCCUGUGGUGAAUUUCAUUUUCUGAGAUGAACACAGUAAAGAGUCCGCUGGCAACUUCACCUGAAAUCCUGUUAUUGCAGCAAGCAAUAAACAACAAAAUUAUAAAGCUAAUUCUCAAAGACUGAUUUUAUGUGUCAAACUGAUAACAAAAUUAAACAACCAAGAUUUAUUUAGGCCAUCAGCAUCUCUU